AUGGCGUCUCCGUUCGCGCAGCCGCCGCACGCGCACGCGCCGCUGACCUUCGAGCUGCACGCGUCGCGGCCCGACUUCCUGCCCGAGGACUGGAGCGACACGGACCAGCAGAUCUUCGAGUCGCUGCUGCUGCCGUCGCCCAGCUCGUCGUCGCUCGCGGACUCGGGCGGCCGCAAGCGCGUGACCGUGGAGGAGAAGCGUAUGAAGCACCGCGAGGUGCAGCGCCGCUUCAUGCAGCGCAAGAAGGAGAUGCUGGCGGGCGUCAAGAAGUCUAUCGCGGCGCUGGAGAAGCAGGUGGCCGUGCUCAAGCUCUCGAGCGAGCGCGAGGCCCUCGAGACCGAGAACAAGACGCUGCUCGAGCAGCACGAGCAGGCGCAGGGCGCGGCGCCGCCCGCCGUGUCUACGCUCGAGGCGCUCGAGAUGAUCUUCCAGCGGGAGGCCGCGGCCGUCGAGCAGCAGUUCACGCCCUUCUCGCUGCAGCAGUGGCAGGAGCUCGUGUGCCAGACGCUGCAGAGCGUGGACGGCAUCCUGACGCAGGAGGCCAUGCAGGAGUCGGGGAUCAACGUCAUGGGCUGGUCCGACCGCCGCCACGUCGAGAAUACGAGUGUCAAGUUCACGCUGCACAAGGCCUUCCCGCACGUGUGCGCCGAGAACCUCUGGAACGUCACAUGGCAGCGACUGACAACGGACAGCUACGCCAGCUUCUUCAGCCCGUCGCUCUUUAUUCGGAAACACUUGUUGCAAAAGGUCUGCGACGACGCGAUCAUCAUCUACCGGGUCAUCUGCUACCCGCAGACUGGGCGCGUGUCGCGCGCUAUCGAAGUCAUCAACCGCGUGAGGAGGGAGCACGAUCUCGUCUACUUCGUGCGGACGCUCGACCUGCCCGACGUGAAGGAGCGCGUGUGUGCGACAGAUAUCUGGACCCAGUCGCUCACGGUGCUGCGCUUCAUGCCCUCGGACCCGAACCACCCGGAAGUCGGCUGUGUGGUGCAGUACGGAGGCAACUACGUGAAUAUCCCCAAGGGCGGCGUCAGGUACUGGCUCAUGGAGAUUUUGUUCCUCGUGCUCCGCUUCGAGUCGUCGCUGAUCUCGCCCAUGUUCUCGUUGAGCAAUUGA